AUGAGAAAGUUUGCUUUUGGGUUAAAAAAAGAUCUGAUUCUAGAGAGCAAAACUGCUUUGCUCAUGAGGGAUAUGGACAUGUCGAGGCUGACUAUUCAUAUGCAGCAGGUUGAAGAUGAGAAGAGAAGGCAGGCAGAAUAUAGAGAUAUGCAGGUGCUCCUUACCCCCAACAGUCAGGCGAUAGACAUCAUUAUGGUGGUAACAAUUCUCAGGUGCAAGAAGCCUAGUCUCAGGCAAGUGGAGGGAUUCUAUGAGAAAGGUAGGGAUAAGUGCUUUAAGUGUGUCCAAGUAGGCCAUCAGCUCAGGGAUUGUACGUCUAACAAGGUUUCUACGGGGGAGAAUAAGAUUUUAAUGGUUUCAUAUUUUGUUCCUACACCCGAUGGUAUGGCACCAGCUUUUGUUACUGCUUCUAGUUUCAGUGCUGGUUGGAAUAGGUUGUAUACUUUGGCGUCCUGUCAGGAAUCUGAGGUAUCAUCUGAUAUUGUUACUGGUACGUUAUAG